AGAAGCAGCGAGCUGUCACUCGGCGGUGCUUGGCAGCUGCAUAAGCGGUGCGGUGUUUGUUUAUCUGACGAAAACUAUAUAUUAUUCGCUAUAUUUCACGCUAAACUUGGUGUGAAAAGCUUCUUUAAUCGAAACGAAAGCAUCGGAAUAACGCAAACGAUGCCUUUUGCAAUCGUUGAAGCUCGGGAAGAAGAUGGCACACGGGUGCUCUGCGUGGUUCCCGAGGGAUGGAUUUUGGAUACGCGCCAUAAGGAAACGAUCCUUCUGUGGCCCAAAGUUGUCGGACCUAAAAUGUACAAACUGUUAAACGAUGGUGACAGUGUGGGCAACACAACGUGGCUCAAGAUGGAUUGUGUUGUGAAAAAGAUCGACAUACCUAACCAAUUGGUAGCUUGCGAGGAUAUUCUAAAAAUGAAGGGAGUAUCCAUCGAGACACGGAAAAGUACACCGGAGCGAAACCAAAAAUCUGAAUCACCCGCUAAGAUCGACACAGAACUUCUUCUUCAAACUGAUAUCAGCAGCACACGGAUGGAGAAAGCAUCUCCAGUCCCGGCCGCAAUUUUAACAGGUGGAGAAAUAACUACAACUUCAAAGCUGAAGCAAGCAUCCGAGAUCGAUGUGCUUAACUUCCUCCGAAAGAUGGAAGGACAGAUCUUUGUGCUCGAAGUGUACGUUCGAAAGGUGAACGAUAAAAUCAUACGCUUAGAAUCUCUGGUACAGCUUGUGCUACACAAAUAUGGUAUCAGAACCGUGGCAACUACUCACCACCAACCGAUGAUCAGUGAUUUACAGUUUGAGCAAAUCGAUACGCUAGAAAGUAUGGAAGCGUUUAACGAAAAUCUACAAAACACUACGUUCCAGGAGCAAAUCUUUGCCUGGCUUAGUACCAAUCUUACAGAAGACAAGAGCGAAAACCGUAUGACGGAAGCAAUUGAUUUGCUGUUUACGAAAAAGUUUAUGACCAAGUGUAGCUGGACUGGGGUCGGAAGGGGCAGUGAAAAGAUCGCCAUGAUGCGGAUGGUCAACAUUACGAAACUGUUCCGGCGCAUCGGCACAUACGGAGAUGUGGUGAUGAAUCCCCGGAUGGUGAUGCUAUUUUUCAUGAAGAAACUGCGAAACGCUGGCAGACGUAGUGAGGUGAAGCAUCUGCGCCGAAGCACAACGCACUAUUUUAAGUCGAAUAAAGUAAAGAGCGAGCACUAGUGAGUGGUUCCUGAUGC